GUUUUUGUAAAGUUAUAAAACUACUUAGUAGUUUUGUUCUUCAGUAGAUUUUGUUUGGAGUAAGUUAAACGUACCAUUGUGUAAAAGUAAAUAAAUAUCAAAAGUGUUUUACAUAGUACUGAUUUUUUCAAAACGGUAUUAGUUCACCUAAUCUGCUUUUUUACACUAACUAGAUGAAAAUAAAUAAUUCGAUUUCAUUUGGUAAUGUUAAACUUUAAAGUACGUUUUCUAGUCAAAAGUUGAGUUUUAUAAGACUUCAGAGAUACCUUCAAGUAACUUGCCUUAAGUGCAGCAACAAAAACUCUUCAUGAAGUAAUGUGCUACUUGGCUCAAUGGAGGAAACUAUAAUUCUAUUCUCUAUUUCUAGAAGUGCAGCAACAAAAACUCUUCAUAAAGUAAUGUGCUAUUUGGCUCAAUGGAGGAAAAUGUUGCAAAUGAUCACGGAUCUGAAGAAUUAACAAUUGAGUAUCCAUUGUCUCCUGAAUUGAACACUGCGAGAAUAAAGAAGAAAAGGAAGAGGACCAGGAAAAGCUUGAAUUUGUCUGUUCUGGGAUUAAAUUCUGAUUACGUUACAAAUGGCAGUUUCAGAGUUUCUCAAGAAAGUUCGAGCAAUGAUGGGUCUUCUGUUUUUUCCAACAAUCAUGAAAUGCUUGGUAAAACGUCCUACACCACUUUGAAAAAAGAUUAUGAGGCUCUAUCGGAAGCUUCUCUGAAUGAGAUUUCACGUACUACAAAUAACGAUGUCCUCCAAAUGUUGAUUAGAGAUCAAGACAAAAAUGUUAUUGGUGAUCAGGACAAUAAGUUAACUAGUGAGUUGAAUUGCUCAAACACUGAUAACACUUUGAAAAAGGAUGGAGGACUACUAGACUUGGAAAAAUCACCUAUUUUGAGUACCAACACUUUGAAAAAGGACGGAGGACUACUAGACUUGGAAAAAUCACCUAUUUUGAGUACCAACACUUUGAAAAAGGGUGGAGGACUACUAAACUUGGAAAGAUCACCCAUUUUGAGUACCAACACUUUGAAAAAGGACGGAGGACUACUAUACUUGGAAAAAUCACCCAUUUUGAGUACCAACACUUUGAAAAAGGACGGAGGACUACUAGACUUGGAAAAAUCACCUAUUUUGAGUACCAACACUUUGAAAAAGGACGGAGGACUACUAGACUUGGAAAAAUCACCUAUUUUGAGUACCAACACUUUGAAAAAGGACGGAGGACUACUAGACUUUGAAAAAUCACCCAUUUUGAGUACCAAAACUUUGAAAAAGGAUGGAGGACUACUAGACUUGGAAAAAUCACCCAUUUUGAGUACCAACACUUUGAAAAAGGAUGGAGGACUACUAGACUUGGAAAAAUCACCUAUUUUGACUACCAAGACUUUGAAAAAAGAUGAAGGACUACUAGAGUUUGAAAAAUCACCCAUUUUGAGUAACAACCCUUUGAAUAAGGAUGGAAGACUACCAGACUUGGAAAAAUCACCCAUUUUGAAUUCCAAUUGCCAUAUAAAGAAAUACCGACGUUUAAAGAAGAGGAAAAUUCUUAAUGACACAAAUGUGAAUGAUGAGUAUGCUAAUGUUUCGAAAUCAAAUCAUCUCCAAAAAAAUGAGUCCCAGUGUCGUGAUUCAAACAUGUUACCGAACGAGUUUAGUGACUUAUCGUUUUCUAUACUUGAAGAAAUUUGCCAAACUACGGAACUGUCUUUCAAUCGUGAUAAGGAUGAUCUUAAAAGUAGUAAUGAUGACGAUCUAUCUAAAAUCAAAUCCGCAAGUGUCUUAUGUGGGAAAUUGUCUUCAAACCUUGGAAAAAAGGAAAAGAAAUCGGUCUGUGAUAAAUUAGUGACUACAAACUUCAAAGUGAUCGAGAGAGAUAAUAAUUCUGAUGUUACCAGUAGAAUAGUAAUUGAUAGUAACGAUAGUGAUAGAAGGUGUGGUUCAAUUUAUAUAAGCAAUUCAAUCAGGGAAAGAAAGCCAAUUGCAAAUUCAGGAUCAAUUAGCACUUUGCUAGAAUCCGCUAAACUUUUGGAUGAUUCUGAGUCUGUAUCAUAUCUAGAAGAAACAAAAAAGCAAAAAGACUUCAAAUUGAUGUGCAGAAAGGAGAAGCUAAAUGAUGGUAGUUAUAUCUGCUUUGAAAGUAUCUCCAAAGGCAAUUACAAAAAUGAUAAUCAUGACAGAGGAGCUUCUAAAAUUCGUGGUAGAAAUGACAACAAAGUUUUAUUUGAUAAAUCGUCUCUCAUGGAUAAGUACAAUAUAGAUAUGAACAAUACCUUGAAUAUUUCUUCACAACAGUUUGAUGACUUGAUCUCAUGUGCUGAAAAGUUGAAUUCUAGUGAGAAAACAAAAGUUGGAAUUAAUUCCAGGCUUGAAAUGAACUCCAAGAGUUCGAUUGAGUUCCAUGAGCAACAAAAAACUCUCAAUGAGAUAAAAACUGGUUUGCUUAGAUAUUGUCCAUCAAAUGGAUUAAGUGAAGAAGAAUCUUGUAAACCUACAAUUCCUGCAAAUAGUUCUAAGAAAAUUCCACAUUUUCAAAAACUAGAAACCAAUAAAUCCAUGUUAUCAGAAAAAGGCAACAGAAAUGCAACAAUUCCAUCAAAAUUAAGCAAGAUAAUGAGAAAUGAAGCUCACACUAGAAAUGAUCCAAUAGAGUCAGAAACUCUUGUCAAAAGUGUUGAGACAGAUAAUGUUGAUAAGUUAUUGCAAGAAUGGGUUUUUAAAAAGGAUAGAGAGGCAUUGAUUUGUGAAAAAGACAACACAACUUCAGCUAAAUGUUUUGAGCAGAGGAUGACUUCUGAACAAUCUAAACUGGAACUUGGACUGGUUGGUUCUGCUUCUAGACGAUUUUCAACUGUUAGUGAAGAUCCAACUUCUGAGGAAUCUUUGAUAAAUGAUGAAAUACUUUUUCCCAAAAAUGAUUGUACUGCGUACACAACCUUUUCGACUGCUAAUGGGAAAUCGAUAUCUGUGUCUAAGGUAGCCUUAUCAAAGGCAAACGCAUUAUUGACUGAGAAUGAAUGUAAUCACACUGCCUCCUCAACUGGCAAGGAAGAACUGAAUGCAUUGUUUGAUGAUUUCAAGGGAGAAACAAUCGGCAUGUCAAAAAACAUUUUGAUCAAAACUAGUACUUUAUCUUAUAAUAAUUGUAAUAGUAAAUAUGCUAAUGAGGUUCCAAUUUCUACAGAAAACCCAAUCAAAGUGUCUGAAAAACUUUUAGUAAGAGAAAGAACACAUUCAGCUAGAAAAGAAUCGUGUCAUCCAGAUAUCCCUGAGUUAUCAACCACCGAGUUAGAAUCAUCAAAUUUAGAAGGAUUGCCAAGGAAUGGAAGUACAUUGUUUAAAAAAAUAUAUUCAAAUGAACAUAAAUUUAGUGGAUUUUCAACAGCCCGAGGUAAAUCUAUAAGAGUGUCAGAGGAAGCAUUGAUAAAAGCAAGAACAUUACUGUCUGAGAAGGAAAACUUUGAUACAAAUUUGACCGAACUUCCUACUGAUGAGAGAAAAUCUAUACUACCUUCAGAAGAAACACAUUCCAAAACAAAUACACUACUUCAUGAAAAAGAAUCAGAUGAAAUUGCAUAUUGUGGAUUCUCAACUGCUAAAGGAAAAUCAAUUCCUGUUUCUGAUGAAGCCCUUGCCAAAGCAAAACAACUGCUCCAUGAAGAAACAUCUGAUGAAAAUACGUUUUGUGGAUUCUCAACUGCUAAAGGAAAAUCAAUUCCUGUUUCUGAUAAAGCCCUAUCCAAAGCAAAACAACUGCUCUAUGAGGAAACUGAUGAUGGAAAUACAUUUUGUGGAUUUUCUACUGCUAAAGGAAAAUCAAUUCCUGUUUCUGAUGAAGCCCUAUCCAAAGCAAAACCACUCCUCCAUGAAGAAACAUCUGAUGGAAAUGUAUUUUGUGGAUUCUCAACUGCUAAAGGAAAAUCGAUACCAGUUUCUGAUGAAGCCCUAUCCAAAGCAAAACAACUGCUCCAUGAAGAAACAUCUGAUGGAAAUGUAUUUUGUGGAUUCUCAACUGCUAAAGGAAAAUCGAUACCAGUUUCUGAUGAAGCCCUAUCCAAAGCAAAACAACUGCUCCAUGAAGAAACAUCUGAUGGAAAUGUAUUUUGUGGAUUCUCAACUGCUAAAAGAAAAUCGAUACCAGUUUCUGAUGAAGCCCUAUCCAAAGCAAAACAACUGCUCCAUGAAGAAACAUCUGAUGGGAAUGUAUUUUGUGGAUUUUCAACCGCUAAAGGAAAAUCAAUACCAGUUUCUGAUGAAGCCCUAUCUAAAGCUAAACAACUGCUCCAUGAAGAAACAUCUGAUGGAAAUGUAUUUUGUGGAUUCUCAACCGCUAAAGGAAAAUCGAUACCAGUUUCUGAUGAAGCCCUAGCUAAAGCUAAAUUACUGCUCCAUGAAGAAAUAUCUGAUGGAAAUGUAUUUCGUGGAUUCUCAACCGCUAAAGGAAAAUCGAUACCAGUUUCUGAUGAAGCCCUAUCAAAAGCUAAAGAACUGCUCCAUGAAGAAACAUCUGAUGGUAAUGUAUUUUGUGGAUUCUCAACUGCUAAAGGAAAAUCGAUACCAGUUUCUGAUGAAGCCCUAUCUAAAGCAAAACAACUGCUCCAUGAAGAAACAUCUGAUGGAAAUGUAUUUUGUGGAUUCUCAACUGCUAAAAGAAAAUCGAUACCAGUUUCUGAUGAAGCCCUAUCCGAAGCAAAACAUCUGCUCCAUGAAGAAACAUCUGAUGGGAAUGUAUUUUGUGGAUUUUCAACCGCUAAAGGAAAAUCGAUACCAGUUUCUGAUGAAGCCCUAUCUAAAGCUAAACAACUGCUCCAUGAAGAAACAUCUGAUGGAAAUGUAUUUUGUGGAUUCUCAACCGCUAAAGGAAAAUCGAUACCAGUUUCUGAUGAAGCCCUAUCUAAAGCUAAACAACUGCUCCAUGAAGAAACAUCUGAUGGAAAUGUAUUUUGCGGAUUCUCAACUGCUAAAGGAAAAUCGAUACCAGUUUCUGAUGAAGCCAUAGUCAAAGCAAAACAACUGCUCCAUGAAGAAACAUCUGAUGAAAAUACGUUUUGUGGAUAUUCAACUGCUAAAGGAAAAUUGAUAAAGUUUUCUGAUAAAGCCCUUGCCAAAGCAAAACAACUGCUCCAUGAAGAAACAUCUGAUGGAAAUGUAUUUUGUGGAUUCUCAACUGCUAAAGGAAAAUCAAUUCCUGUUUCUGAUGAAGCCCUAUCCAAAGCAAAACAACUGCUCCAUGAAGAAACAUCUGAUGGAAAUGUAUUUUGUGGAUUCUCAACUGCUAAAGGAAAAUCGAUACCAGUUUCUGAUGAAGCCCUAUCCAAAGCAAAACAACUGCUCCAUGAAGAAACAUCUGAUGGAAAUGUAUUUUGUGGAUUCUCAACUGCUAAAGGAAAAUCGAUACCAGUUUCUGAUGAAGCCCUAUCCAAAGCAAAACAACUGCUCCAUGAAGAAACAUCUGAUGGAAAUGUAUUUUGUGGAUUCUCAACUGCUAAAAGAAAAUCGAUACCAGUUUCUGAUGAAGCCCUAUCCAAAGCAAAACAACUGCUCCAUGAAGAAACAUCUGAUGGGAAUGUAUUUUGUGGAUUUUCAACCGCUAAAGGAAAAUCGAUACCAGUUUCUGAUGAAGCCCUAUCUAAAGCUAAACAACUGCUCCAUGAAGAAACAUCUGAUGGAAAUGUAUUUUGUGGAUUCUCAACCGCUAAAGGAAAAUCGAUACCAGUUUCUGAUGAAGCCCUAUCUAAAGCUAAACAACUGCUCCAUGAAGAAACAUCUGAUGGAAAUGUAUUUUGUGGAUUCUCAACCGCUAAAGGAAAAUCGAUACCAGUUUCUGAUGAAGCCCUAUCAAAAGCUAAAGAACUGCUCCAUGAAGAAACAUCUGAUGGUAAUGUAUUUUGUGGAUUCUCAACUGCUAAAGGAAAAUCGAUACCAGUUUCUGAUGAAGCCCUAUCUAAAGCAAAACAACUGCUCCAUGAAGAAACAUCUUAUGGAAAUGUAUUUUGUGGAUUCUCAACUGCUAAAAGAAAAUCGAUACCAGUUUCUGAUGAAGCCCUAUCCGAAGCAAAACAUCUGCUCCAUGAAGAAACAUCUGAUGGGAAUGUAUUUUGUGGAUUUUCAACCGCUAAAGGAAAAUUGAUACCAGUUUCUGAUGAAGCCCUAUCUAAAGCUAAACAACUGCUCCAUGAAGAAACAUCUGAUGGAAAUGUAUUUUGUGGAUUCUCAACCGCUAAAGGAAAAUCGAUACCAGUUUCUGAUGAAGCCCUAUCUAAAGCUAAACAACUGCUCCAUGAAGAAACAUCUGAUGGAAAUGUAUUUUGUGGAUUCUCAACCGCUAAAGGAAAAUCGAUACCAGUUUCUGAUGAAGCCCUAUCAAAAGCUAAACAACUGCUCCAUGAAGAAACAUCUGAUGGAAAUGUAUUUUGUGGAUUCUCAACUGCUAAAGGAAAAUCGAUACCAGUUUCUGAUGAAGCCAUAGUCAAAGCAAAACAACUGCUCCAUGAAGAAACAUCUGAUGAAAAUACGUUUUGUGGAUAUUCAACUGCUAAAGGAAAAUUGAUAAAGUUUUCUGAUAAAGCCCUUGCCAAAGCAAGAACACUGCUCCAUAAAGAGACAUCUGAAGGAAAUGCAUUUUUUGGAUUCUCCACUGCUAAAGGAAAAUCGAUACCAGUUUCUGAGGAAGCCCUUGCCAAAGCAAAAACACAUCUUUAUGAAAACGAAUAUGAUGAAGAUGCAUUUUUAAGUUACUCUACUGCUAAAGAUGAAUCAGUACUGGUUUCUAAUAAACCUUCAGUCAAAGCAAAAACAUGUUUUCAAGAUAAUAAAUCUUUUGGAGAUGAAAUUUGUGGAUUUUCCACUGUUGAAGGACAAUCCAUUGUCACUUCAGUUGAACCAUUGGCUAAAGCUAGAAUCCUCUUAUCAGAUGAAGAUGAAAAGCUCAAUACAUGUAAUGAAUCCAUAUUGGAUAAUGAAAAUCACAAAGUUGACACUAUAUCAGAACAACUCUCUCUAGAAGAUAGUUGUAUUAAUAAGCACUUUCUGUCACAAUCUCCUGAUAAAUACAAACCAUCACCAAAUCGACAUUCUCAAUUUUAUGAAGAUAUGCCUUGCUUGUCAUUAAGUUUUGUUGAUGAAGUAUCUGAAAGCACAGCAGCCUUCCUAGCUGAUGAAGAUGUUCCUGAAUUUAAAGAUCCUCCAGUAUGGUUGAGAACGUUUGUCACCAGCCCUUCUUUUGUACAAGAUCGAUCUGAAGCUCUCUCUCCCAUUCUUUGUACUGAUAGUGAAAUAAAGAUGAGAAAAAAACGUGCAUGCAGUCCUGUCCUUGGCGUAGGCGAUAGAUUCAAAAUAAGGAAAAAACGAUUAAAAUUUUCCAAGAGUAAAUUGGAUGAAAAUCAAGUGGCUGGAUGUAGCACACCAAUUAUGAAUUCCAAAUUGAAGAAAAAUCAAGACGACCCAUACAAUAAUUUUAUUGAUAAUUUAAAAACGUCUACUCCAAUUUCAAUUAAUCGAACUAAAAUCAAACGAACCAUCCAAAUUGAUGAACCAAAUUGUGCCUGUGAGAAGAAGCUCAAGAUGAUGGACAGUUGGGAUGAUGAUAGUCAAGUUGACCAAACAAUUUUCUACCAAUUGGAUGUAAUUGAAGGCAGAAGAAAAGCUACUGAAAAUCAAGAAUUGUUAUUGAAGAAUGGCAAAGAUAAAUCACUAACUAAAAUGCAAAAAGGUGCUCUAUUUGUGAAGAGGCAAUUGGGACAGCGAAUACCAUUGAGAAGUCUAGUUAAAUCCCCAAGAACUUUGUUAUCAACCGCUCAACUCAUUGGAGAAGGUAUAAAGCAGUCAGUCAUUGGGAUUAACUACGAAAAUGCCGCCGAAUUCCGAUUCAGCUCUUCGAAUUCACUCUCAAAAUACAUUUGUGAAAGUAAUUGUGAUGGUAUCCCAGUUGGAGAUAACGCGCUUGUCAUUCUUAGUGACGAUGGAUCAGCUGGCCUCAAGGAAAUCAGUCGCGCAUUUCUUGCUAGCCCAGGUAUUGAUCCCACUUUAAUUUCUCAUGAGUGGAUAGCAAACCAUUUCAGAUCUAUUGUUUGGAAACUGGCAUCAACCGAACGAAACUUUCCACAUUUAUUGGCUGGUAGUUAUCUAACCUUGGACAAUGUACUACUUCAACUGAGAUACCGGUACGACCGUGAAAUUGACGAUUGUCAAAGAUCUUGUCUGAGGAAAAUAUUGGAGACUGAUGAGUCAGCGGCUCGCCGAAUGGUACUUUGUGUAAGUGAAAUAUUGGUGAAUAAAUCGUCCGCCACAAAAGAAUUGAAACUGACUGACGGUUGGUAUCGAAUUAAUGCCAGUGUGGAUGAGGAGAUGAUGUGUUUGAUUGAUAGGGGAAAAGUAGCAGUUGGCACGAAGCUGGUGGUUCAGGGCUGUGAGCUGUUGAACUGCGAGCAAGGCCACGAUCCGCUCCACGUUCCAAACACCGUUCAACUCAAACUUCACACAAACUGUGCUCGUCGUGCAAGGUGGGACUGUCGCUUAGGAUUUUGUCAAACUCAAGGACCGAUAUUAGUCGGAAAAUUGAAAGACGUUUUACCCAAGGGUGGAAACAUAGGACGCAUUGAUGUUUUGGUUGUUCGUGUUUAUCCUCUUGUAUAUAUGUUGAAGACAGAAGAUGGUAAAAGUGUAGUGUACAGUAAAAAAAGAGAGGAACAAGAGUGUCUACUGAAUGAACGUAGAAUGACAGAGCUAAUUGAGAAACUACAGUCACAAGUUCAGAGAGAGAUGGAUGAAAUGAGAAACCGGAAAUCGAAUUCUAAUCAGGACGAAGAAUCGUUGCCUUCUCAGGAUUUAGUCGAGUCUGGUCAAAUUCCAACUAGAGAUCAAAUGAGAAUCAUGACCAAUCUCCGCGAACAAAAGCAAAGAAAAUAUCAGGAAAUACUUCGGCAAAAACUGGAUGAAAAAAUGAGUGAGAAUUGCCCGGAAAAACGGAAAUCAAUACCUAUGUUGAAGGUGAGGGUGAUUGAUGCACGAGCUUCCAAUGAAGACAAGAACUCAACAUUGCAGACAGCAAUGCUUACUGUUUGGAAGCCCACCGAAGAUGUCGAGAAUGUCCUGGUUGAAGGCAAUACUAUUUCAUUGUAUAGUGUAACGGCUCAUGGGAAAAGGUCAGGAGAGCUACAGUUGAGUACUGGACGGCAAACCAAAUAUUCAGUUGGUGCAAAAUCAGAAGCGUUUUCCAGAAAAUGCCAUUUCUUAUGUGAUAUCUCUCGCAGUCUUAAUCCGUUAUUUUCGGAAAUAAAUACUGUUGGCUUAGUGGUUCAUGUGGAAAAUUCAUCAACUUCGGUUGAAACGGCAUAUCUAACCGAUGAUCAGAACAACUACCUUGGAGUUCGUUUUUGGGGUGGUAUAAAGAAGUAUGGUUGGCAAUCUUGCGUCUGUGUUGGGUCAGAAAUUAGCUGCAGUAAUCUGGAAUGGCGAUCGACCGUUUCCAGGAGUAAUGUGCCUUAUGUAUUUGUGACCGAACUGUCAGUGUUCAGCUCCAACCCCCGUUCCAAAUACUUGCAAAAUGCUUUGGACCAGUUCAAAAACAGCAUCAAACGCAUGGACAUGAAAGAACUACUUUCUAAGAGCAAAGAACACCUGUUGGACAUGUUGAAUGGUGGUGGAACUGGCAACUACAUUUGUGAUUCAUUUUCUAAGAUGAGUUCUGUAUCUGUGUCCGGCGAAACAAGUGCUAUCACCCCAUCAAAUAAAAAUCUGCUGGCUGAAAGUCCUUUGAGUAGUGUCAAAUCAAAAAUGCUUAUGGAAAAAAUGCAAAAGUUGCUUGGCUACGGAAACCCACCUGCUAUCACUGCUAUGCCAAGUCUCCAAGUGAGUCCAGCACUGAAAAAAGACUUUAAAACACCUAAUAGAAAAUCCUUAUAGUAGGAAAUACUCUAGAGUGGAAUUUAUAGUUCAAAAUUCUAGUCCAUUGUAUGAAAAAACAGAGUAAAUGAUUUGCAAGUUUAUAUAUAUUUGAGUGUAUUACUUUUGUGAAAUCUUAUAUCAUAUUGUUUCUGCUAUUUCAAUCGAUAUAAUUUGUCAAUCUCAAGCUAAAAACAAAUUGCUUGUCAUCAAAUAUCAUCUAUAAUUUAUUUCAUCCUGUUUUAUGCUAUCAUAGUUUUGACUUUAUCGAGUAAUUGCCAGUAUUAUUUUUUUAAAUAUGAUAUUCUUUCAAUCCUUUGAACAA